CUCCGAAUUCCCCGAGACUGGCCGAAAGGCUAGCGGGUAGUCAGCGGUUUUGACAGUCGCCGGAGCGCGUCAAGCUUGAUCAUACGCCGACAGGUUCAAUAUAAAAGGUUCGAAUGGCAAAACAAGAUCCAAGUACCUAGCCUUCUUAAUAUUAGAAACUCCAGAUCAGAAAGAAAGGUUAUCUAAUCAAAACAACAUAGAUAUCAUACGCAAUGGCGAGUGACAAUAAGGGGAAGCCUCCAUACCCACCUUUCACGGCGGAAACUGCGCAGAUCAAGGUGAAGGCUGCGCAAGAUGCUUGGAACACGAAGGACCCAGCAAAGGUAAAGCUAGCCUACACGCCGGACUCGAUCUGGCGCAACCGAGACACCUUUCUGCAAGGCCGGGAGGAGAUCGAGGCCUUCCUGACCAAGAAGUGGGAGCGCGAGAACGGGUACCGCCUCCGCAAGGAGCUGUUCGCCUUCACCGACAACAAGAUCGCCGUGCAGUUCUGGUACGAGUGGUACGACGUCCAAGGCCAGUGGUGGCGCACCUACGGGCUCGAGGACUGGACGUUUGCUGAGGAUGGGCUGAUGAGGAAGAGGCAGAUGAGUGGGAAUGAUGUGAAGAUUACUCAGGAAGAGAGAUGGUACAAAGAUGGCGUUGACGUCAAUACUGUUGUCAUCUCCGAGAAGCAUUGGUGAGACUGGGGAGAUGGAAACUCAGUUUCUGGUAGGAAAAGGGACUGGACAGCAAAAUAUGAUGCGGUUGUUUGAUAAAUUAUUAUUCUUGUUUCCAGCUCAUAAACAAUGAAACAACUUAUUGAAAACAAAGCACUCAAGUUCAAGCAAAGAAAAAAAGGGGUAAAAGUCAAUCUCGCAAUAGUACUACAGCACCAACCCAAAAACCCAUAUACCCAUGCAUAGCAUUUUAGAUUAGCAUACCUACAUACCUAGGCACCGUACCAGUCGCGCGGUCUCGACCAAAU